AUCGAGUAUAGAGGGGAAAUUGCAUGCCGUGUCAUACGCACAGCGAAGAAACUAGGGAUCAAAACUGUUGCUGUAUACAGCGAAGUAGAUGCCAAUUCCCUCCAUGUUCAACAAGCUGAUGAAGCAUACUGUAUUGGUCCCGCACCAUCCUCGGAGAGCUAUCUUCGUAUGGACAAGAUUAUAGAAGUCUGCCAUCGGAGUGGAGCUCAGGCCGUGCAUCCAGGGUAUGGAUUUUUGAGUGAGAACGCGAAAUUUUCAGAACAGCUAGCGGAGGAAGGUAUAGUAUUCAUAGGGCCACCUUCUAGCGCUAUUGUCAGCAUGGGAUCGAAAAGCGAAUCAAAGAACAUCAUGUCAGCCGCUGGUGUCCCUUGUGUCCCAGGUUAUCAUGGAACUAACCAAGACCCGCAGUAUCUAUUUGAAGAAGCACAGCGUAUAGGCUUCCCUGUUCUCAUCAAAGCCAUUCACGGCGGUGGUGGAAAAGGCAUGCGUACUGUUCACGCUGCUGAAGAAUUUCAAGAAGCACUUGAAUCUGCGAAGCGUGAAUCUCUCAAAUCCUUUGGCGACGACAACGUAUUGGUGGAGAAGUACAUAGUGAGGCCGAGACAUGUCGAAGUGCAGGUCUUUGCGGAUACUUUAGGUGGGGUUGUCAGCCUGUGGGAACGAGAUUGCUCCGUGCAAAGAAGGAACCAGAAGAUCAUUGAAGAGGCGCCCGCACCUGGUCUUACUUCAGAAUUGCGUGCCGACCUAAGUGCAAAGGCAGUUGCUGCUGCUAAGGCAGUGAACUAUGUUGGCGCAGGCACUGUCGAGUUCAUUUUCGAUAAUGAUACUCAAGAUUUCUUCUUCAUGGAAAUGAAUACCAGAUUGCAAGUGGAACAUCCUGUUACGGAAAUGGUCACGGGUUUGGACCUCGUAGAAUGGCAAUUAGAGGUUGCUGCCGGGAACCCUCUCCCCCUAUCACAGUCAGCCAUUCCUCUGGUUGGCCAUGCCUUCGAGGCACGCAUAUAUGCAGAGAAUCCACGAAACAACUUCCUCCCCGACUCUGGCCCACUCUUAUACCUUUCUACGCCUACCCCCACUCACGUAUUCGCGCCCACACUUCUUCCCCUUGCGGGAUCCUCCGCCUCAUCAGAUGCCUCUGCACCCCUCGUUCCAUCACGCAGUACAUCGUCAGUGAUGGCACCUUCCUUGCGACUGGAACAGGGGUUCACGCAAGGAUCGCAGAUUGGCGUAUUUUAUGAUCCAAUGAUUGCGAAACUUGUCGUCCAUGGACGUGAUCGCAAGGAAGCGCUGCGCAUGCUCCGUCGAGGCCUUGAGGAAUAUAAGGUUGUUGGCGUUUCAACCAACGUAGAAUUCUUGAGAUCUCUAGCUGGUAACGAUGCAUUCAUUGCCGGAGAUGUAGAGACAGGGUUUAUUCCGAAACACUUUGAUGAGCUCUUUCCUCCUAUCUCGGACCCAUCUCCAGAAAUACUAGCACAAGCUGCUCUUUUUGUUGCCCUCAGAGAACAUUCAAGUCAAACAUCUUCACCGUCGUCACCUUGGACUACUCUCCAUGCCCGUCGAUUUGGGGGAGACGAGUACGAGCGUAUCAUCACCCUACAGAAGGACGACAGCUCCGCAGAGCCCAUCACGGUGCAUGUCAAAUCGGCACAACAGCCAGGGCACUUCAACGUCGAUGUCCAGAGUGGCGCUUCCAGGACCUCGUUUACAUCAGUUCCUGCUUCUUUAGUGUCACCGACCACUUUCAACAGUACGCUCAACUCCGCGUCAAGCGAGACAACUAUAGUAUCGCAGCCGCCUCCACCAGCUAAGACCACGCUUGUCCUUCCCUCUCCAAAGUGGCUCCUCUCUCUCGGAGGCGAUGUCCUUAAUGCUGCCAAGGGCGCACUGAGGGCACCAAUGCCAAGUUUAGUCGUCGAGGUACGUGUGAAGGUCGGUGAUAAAGUAGAGAAAGGACAGCCGGUGGUCGUCCUGGAGAGCAUGAAGACAGAGACCGUGCUCAGAUCUGACGUAUCAGGCAUUGUGAAAGCUGUGGGAUGUAAGAAUGGUGAAAUGGUAGAGGAAGGGCGAGAGCUGGUUGAUAUAGAGGACAACGAUUCUUGA